GUGCAAAUGAAAGAGCGAAAGCAAUGCCUCAAACGACCACUAUCGAAACUCUUACUGUAACCAGACCACUUAAGGUAAGUUUUAAAGCUCAAUUGAAGCGUAUCUUCUUUUUACUGCAGACAGAAUUUAAAUCGUUCAUGUACCAAUCUGUGUUACAAAAUUUUAAGAUCAAUUUUAUAUUAAAUAUUUUUUUGCAACUCAUCAAUCUCACAGAAUAGAAUAAGCGUAAAUAUCGUAAUGCUUAUAAAUUAUAACAUGGAUUUUUUAAAGAGGAGCAAAUUUCUACGAAGGAUGGCGUAGAGAAGCUGUAGUAGAAUAAUGAUGCAGUGCAACUAUUCAUUACUGCGAAAUGAGGGAUUUAUAUUCAUGGCAAAGGCUUUGUGGCUCCAAUUUCGACUUGCACUAGAGUGCUGCGACGGAAAAAUGAGCUGUUCCAUAAUUAUGGAGCAGAUGAGUCUUAAUAUGGGACAUAUACGGACCAUAAUAAAAACGUAGAACGUUUGUAAAGCAUCUUGCAAAGAGUCGAGAUAAACACAUUACUUAAAUUGUCACUCAAUAAAGAGGUGAAUAAUCACAUGCAUAAAUAAUCACAUAAAAACUGUUAGAUUUGUAGGUAACUAAAAGGACAUGAAAGGGACGGAUUAGAUGGAAUGAGAGAGAAAGAGAGAGAUAAAAUAAAAAUAACCGAAGAGAAAGAAAGGGCGAAGGAAGAGCGGGAGAGAGCGCAGAGAUUGGCGCUCGCGCGCACUGCGCCACGACCUUUAAUGGGCGCUGAUGGGCGCAGCCUCCCUGGAACCUGGAAUCCGAUUGCUUCCCUCCCCAAUCCCAGUCGCGGAGAGUCAGUCGCUCUCGCUUGAGACGCGCGCGUGCCCUGUCUCUCUCUCUCUCUUUUUCUCUCUCUCUCUCCCUCUCUCUCUUUCCCUUCUUCCGCGGCAAGUAUCACUGUCAUUAAAAAUCGUUCGCGUCGCGUGGGAGGGGAGGGGGCUACGACCCCGGAGAACACUGCCAUCGAUCUGCGAUCCGUCCGCUCCGCGAGAAAGAGGCGAAAAGGAGGGACGAAAGAGGGAAGAGAGAGAUAUAAAAAGAAAAAAAAAGAUAAAAGAGAAAACAACCCGUGGCGGUGCGCGUUUUACAGGGGGUUGCCCUCGUCCGAUAAUACGUUGCGCGGGACCGAUCAGCGCGACGACGAAGCCAUUGACCCGCGGCGCCCGUUAAUCAACCCUCUCCCCCACCAUCCAUGCGAAACCACGAUCGUGUCGCGCGGAGGAACCCUCGGCCACACGUUAUCGGACGCGACGCGCGUAAUCUCCGCGUCCUCUAAGUGAAAGAGAGUGAGCAGAGGGUGGGUGGUUCUCGCGACUCCGCGGAUUGCCGACGGACGACGUCGAGAGGAGUAGUGCCGAGGAGACAUACGAUGUCUCGUGCGCGCCGCCCCGAGGGAAGCGUGUCGUCGUCGUCGCGCGUACGUCUUUGAAGGAGCGUCGCGAAGAAGGAGAGCGCACCUCCGACGUCGUCCCGACCCGUCACGACACUCUCGCGCGUGUCUUCUCCCCUGCACGGUUUCGUGAAACGCUCGCGGGCACGGAAGUGAAAUGAUUAUGUACACGGUCGCCGAGGAUCACAUGGGCGACAACGAGAUCGCGCAGGUGAUCGCGUUCAUAUGCGGGAUCAUAGUGGUGCUGCUGAUGAUAAUGGGUCUGGCGUCGACCGACUGGCUGAUGGCCCUGGGAUGGAGGCAGGGACUGUUCGCCCACUGCAUCGAGGAAGGCGCCCCGACGCCGCUCCCCUUCAACAUGCCCGACCCCCCGGGAUGCUACCCAGCCAGGGACAGCGCCUACAUAAAGGCGGCUGCGGCCUUGUGCGUGGUGUGUCUUCUCACAGACAUCGCCGCGACGAUUCUCACCGGCCUGGGUUUGCGCACACAGGAUCACAGGGACAAGCACAAAUAUUAUAGAUUUGCGGUGUUCUGCAUGAGCAUUGCACUGGUGUCCCUCCUAAUAGCGCUGAUCAUAUAUCCCAUAUGUUUUGCGGCAGAACUGAAUCUCGGAAAUCGAACAAACUGGGAAUUCGGUUGGGCGUACGGCGUCGGUUGGGGCGCGGUUAUUUUCCUGGUUGGCGGCGCGGUGCUGCUGUUGUGCGAGAAGGAAAGCGAGGAGAUUUACUACAAGGAGAAGAAGACCGUUCGCGAUGACAUAGGAAGCGGCGGUUCCAUGAUCGGCAUGGGACAUCACGCUGGACGAAGUGGAACGCAGCUAGCCUAGUGGCAUUGCUCCCUGCCCGAUGUUGUUCUCUAGGUGAUUUGUUUCAUCUUUUUUCUGCUCUCACAGUUCGACACAUGCGCAUACGAGAAGGUAUACAAGCCUGUAAGAAUGAUUUUUCGGUAGGGCGUUUUUGGCUAACGCAAGGGAAACCAUCCUUACGGAUUCUCCGACCGAUCUAGCGUUGAUUUCCUUGAUGCACGAAGUGCAUUUCGAAGCGUCAGCAACUUAAAUACGAAUAGAAACGUGAAUAAACUUUCACAUAAAUAGCACACAAAUAAGAUAAUAAUAAAACGUUAGUUAAUUUUAUACGAAACUUCAAUUAUUGAAGUUUUAUUAUUAAGAUACUUGCUGAAAAUGCUGACAAUAUUGAAACGGGAAGGAAAUAAUGUUUUGCAAGAAACAAUCGGCUCGAAAUUAGUCGAAGAAUCUGUCGGUCGGUUUUCGUUGUUCGAAAAUAUCUGAAGUAGAUGUAAUCUGUUCAUUAGAUGGGUGUGUAUUCGAGUUACUAUUAGUUUGAGGUAGGAUAACACAACUCAUUGAAGAAAUACGCAUUUCGAUCUUCUCGUUUCCGGCUAUUCCUUAUUUUUUCACAGUCAAUUUUUAUACUGACAAUUUCGGGACCAUUAUUAGCUUGAUUCUGUUCUCGUACAUUUCGCAUGGACUAUAUAUAUAUACACACAUGUAUGAUAUUUUUACCGUAAUUUAAAUUAUAGCACGAUUUAUAACGUGACGAUACUGCAUUUAUCGUCACUGUAUUGAACUAAAUUUGUAAGGAUAUCACUCUCGUCACCGAGCCUGAGAGAUGAAAGACAAUUCCAGAAAAUGGUUCCCAUGUUUCUUUCUUAUAAGUAACACACGUGUACGCAUACACGAUUUGCAUUCGAUUUGUCCUUAGUGAAAGUUUGAUUAGAUUUCAUUUUCUUUCAUAAUUGUGUUAUAUUUGAUAUUAGAAGUAUAAAAUGACUGGAAGCAGUCAACAAAUAGAGAGAAUAUGCUAAAAGUUAUUUUAUAUUAAAUUAUUAAUAUAACGUUUUUCUUAGCUUUAAAUCUUAGCUUCAAUUUGUAAUUGAAAAUUCUAAAUUUUAGAGGCGCAGAUAAAAAAAGCUUUAAUUUUCCUUUAAUUUCAAACAGAUUCGUUUUUAAGUGUACUUCAAGGCUUUAACAUUGCAUAUAAAGAUAUUGCCUAAUAGGAUAGUGCCCGAUCAAAUUUUUUCGAUUCGCAAAAUAUCAGCUUCACAUUGGGAUUUAUAUCCCGAUGCUCCGGACACUAUUUAAUGCAACACAUGCAACAUGAUUAUGUAUAAUUUAUUUAUAACAACAUUUCUCUUCGUUAUUCCUCGGAAUUCAUUCCCCUCUAUACUGAUGAACAUAUCACACAUUUAGUUUCAUUAACUUGUUUUCAUCUAUAUACAGGUUGUCCCAGGGAAAAUAAUCAUAUCAUUCUAUAGAGUAUAAUGUUACUCAAGAGAUUUUAAAUAAAAUAAUAUUUUGAAACUAUUUGAGAGAUUAUUAAAAAUAGAAAGAGAUUAGAUCAAUUUAGAUAAUUAAAUAUGUUGAAAGCAGAUUUUACAAAGUGCUAUAAAAAUAGUAUGAAGAUAUAAUAUAUGUAUGUAUAAUUUCAUGUGAUAAAAAAUCGGUUUUGCAAUAAUUUUGUUUAUUGCACAUCUCUUUCACUAACUUCUGGCUGAAUACAAAUUUCUUCUAACGCAUUACGCUUAGCAAAUGCAAAUCUGCUUGAAGGGGUUCAAAUAAUACCGUCCAACUUACUUUUGCUGGGAUAGCCUGUAACUCGAAACUUUUAAAUGUCCAAAUAAUUAAAGAGGAAAUAUUUAAGUUAUUGUGGCCUAUUGUCAACAUUUCUCCUUAUUUUCUUAAGUCACAUCGUGACUGGAAAAAAAAUGUUACACAUGUAAAUUAUGUAGAACUAUCAUAAAAGUUCAACUUUGAA